CUUCGCUCCUCAUCACUGAGUCUGGACUCUACCGCUCACCGACACACAUCUGUCCACCUGUCUGUGCUUCUGCAGCAACAUGAGGAAAAGAUUUUGGUUUCUGCUCUGGGUGUGUGUGUCCUUCGUUGGUCUGACGCACUGCUGGCACGACCUGGACAACAGCGAGUAUGACUGCUGGCCUCUGGACAAACCCAACGAGUACAACAUGAUUGACUGUGGAGGUUUGGAGAUGGCCUGGGUGGUCCGUCCUCCAGAGACAGUGAAGAGCGGCGAGGUGUUCAGCGUCACAUACUCGGUAACAGCCAGAGAAUCUUUCUACCACUGGGCCAUCGACAACAACAUCUUCACAAACCGCUCCAUAAUAAACGCCGAAGCAGCACAGAGUUUCUGUGAACAUCUCGACUGUCCGACCAACUGGAAAGACGCUGACGGAGACAACUGCUGCAUUCAUCACGCUAACAUCCACUCCUGUCCGAUGGGACACAUGACAGAGAGCAUCUGUGGUCCCUGGAUACCUGACGACGGGAAAAUCUUCACCCACACCAUCUCGACCUCCGGCAAGAUGACGCAGACCAACUGGACCGCCAAGGUGGUUCUGUUCCAUGCUGGUUUAACCUCGCUCAUCGCUCACAUACGAGUCGGUCGCAUGCAGGUUGCUCUUGAGGCCAAGAGCACUGUGCAGCCUGCUGUAGUGUGUGGUGAUGAUGUCUGUGAGGAGGCGGAGGAUUGUUCCACCUGUCCCGCCGACUGUGGUGAAUGCCCGAUGACCGUGGCCACCAAGCUGGCCAUCAGCCUGCCGCUCAGCCUGCUUUGCCUCUGCUUCAUACUGACUGCUGUGUGGCUGAGGUACCAGAAACAGAAGCUUCUGUGGGACGAGAGCUGGAUCAUCGACUUCAGUAAGAUAAAACAAGAUCCGGAGGCUCAUAUGACGAUGGGCAGUAUAAUGAGUGUACCGGUGGGGAAGAGCGACAGCAACACCAGCUGUGUGACCGCUCUCAGCUCCUAUACGGGACAACCAGGGACCCGGAAAACACUUUUCACCUGCACUGGGAUAUAUGACGGCAGGACCGUGGCCAUCAAGAAGAUUCAAACUAAGACUUUCUCUCUGUCCAAAACCAUCAGACAGGAAGUCAAACAAGUCAGGGAGCUCGAUCACCCUAACCUGUGUAAGUUUAUCGGCGGGUGCGUUGAGGUGCCUGACGUCGCCAUAGUGACAGAGUACUGCCCCAAAGGAAGCCUUAACGAUGUUCUCCUUAACGAGGAGAUCCCUCUUAACUGGGGCUUCAGGUUUUCCUUCGCCACAGACAUCGCCAGAGGAGUUUCGUACCUCCACCAACACAAGAUCUGUCACGGCCGACUCAAGUCUCUGAACUGUGUGUUAGACGACCGCUGGGUCUGUAAAAUAACAGAUUACGGGCUGAGGACGUAUCGCAGGGACGAUGGGGCGGAGCCUCUUUCCACCUAUCAGCAGAGACUCAUGGAAGUGUACAUGCCGCCCGAGUUUCAUAACUCUAACAUGGAGCCGACGCUCGCUGGAGACGUGUUCAGUUAUUCCAUCAUCCUGCUGGAGAUUGCCACUCGCAGCGACCCUGUCCCUGCAGAGGAGUCUAAUCUGGAGAGCGCCUGGUGUCCUCCUCUACCUGAACUGAUCUCCAGUAAAGCCGACAGCACCUGUCCCUGUCCUGCUGACUACGUUGAGCUGAUCCGGCGAUGUCGCUCUCAUAACCCCGCCCACCGACCCACCUUUGAACAAAUCAGGAAGUUUGUUCACCGAAUCAACCCGAUCAAAGUCAGCCCUGUGGACAUGAUGAUGAACCUGAUGGAGAAGUACAGUAAACACCUGGAGGUGCUGGUCGCUGAGCGGACUCAGGAUCUGAUGCACGAGAAACAAAAGACUGACAGGCUGCUUUACAGUAUGCUUCCGAAACAGGUAGCUGAUGACCUGCGGCAAGGCAAACCAAUGCAGGCUCAGAGUUACGUCAGCGCCACCGUCUUCUUCAGUGAUAUCGUGGGUUUCACUCAGCUGUCCAGCAGCAGCACUCCUUACCAGGUAGUGGACUUCCUCAACAAACUCUACACGACGUUUGAUGACAUCAUCGACAACUACGACGUCUACAAGGUGGAAACCAUCGGAGACGCCUACAUGGUGGUGUCCGGUGUCCCCCGGGAGAACGGGAUCCUUCACGCCUCGGAGAUCGCCAGCAUGGCUCUGGACCUGGUGGGCGUCUGUCGCACCUUCAGGAUCCCCCACAAGCCAAACACACAGCUGCAGAUACGAGCCGGGAUACACUCCGGCCCAGUGGUGGCGGGGGUCGUGGGGACCAAGAUGCCUCGUUACUGUCUGUUUGGAGACACAGUGAACACAGCAUCGAGGAUGGAGUCCAACAGCCUCGCUCUGAAGAUCCAGUGCAGCUCCAGUGCCUUCUACCUGCUGGAGGAGAUCGGCGGCUACGUGCUGGAGUGCAGAGGGACGCUGCAGGUCAAGGGGAAAGGGGACAUGGUCACUUACUGGUUGGAGGGAAAGAAGAUGUCUCUGGUCUCCAAGGACGUCAACCCCGACACCAAGACGACCAAAAACAUCACCAUGGAGACGGAGACAGAGGCGGAGAAAGAGCGAGAGCUGUACUCCUCCAUGCCGGGGUUUGUAAAUGACGACGUCCUCCUGGAUCCAGCCUGAUGUCUCUUCAGGUGUCUUCAGAGUUCACAGUGAGCCUGGAGAGUUUCAGUGUGUUAAAUGUUACGUGUUCAUCAUCGUCCUCUGAACGACCUGCAGCUCAGACACAUGAUUACGACUGACUGUCAGCUCUGUGUGUUAAAUAUCAUUGUUACACCUUAAAUAAUACACGACAAACAGACUUUUAUUUCUAAUUUCCUAUUUUGAAAGUGCACUAGAUCAUAUCUUAAUAACAAACCUCCCUGUUCUCAUUCAG